AUGGAAACAAGAUCCGCCGCUGCCAAGAAGAAGAAGCUUUCCUUCUGCAAAGAAAAUGAACUCAUCUCCGACCACCACAACAUUGAUCGCAUCACUGAUCUCCCCGACGCCGUCCUCCACCACAUCCUCUUCCUCCUCCCAAUCAAAACCGUCGCGCAAACCAGCGUCUUGUCGAAACGGUGGCGUUCGCUCUGGUCCUCCUUCCCUGACCUCGACUUCACAACCCUAGACCAAUCUCUGCAACCAUGUUCCUCAUCUAAGACAAAUCCUCUGAAUUGCAAAGAGUCAGACUUCAUCACUCAGGUCCUCAACAACCGAGACAAGCACUCCGAUAUUCGGAUCCUCCGGUUCCAGGCCCGGCUGAGCUUCUCUCGUCUCAAUAGCCUGAUCCGCCUCGCAAUCAGACACAAGGUGCAGGAGCUCGACGUGGAAGUUUUCACAGAAGAUUACUUCAACUUCCCUAGAUGUGUCAUUGCUAGCGACACAUUAAGGGUUUUCAAGUUGAAGUCGAAAAGACCCGGUUUCCGGUUACCUCCUUCUUCUGUAAUGACAAGCGGCUUCCGAUGUCUUCACUCUUUAUCUCUCUCCCGGAUCAGUCUAUGCAACCAGCCUUCCCUGUCUGAUAUGUUCUCCGAGUCGUCUUUCCUUCUGCUCAAGAAACUGAGCCUUGAUACCUGUUUUGGGUUGAAGCAUCUUAGGGUUGGCUGCCGUGUGCUGCAAGACUUAACCCUAGAGAAUUGUUUCGAGCUGCAAGGGCUGAAUGUGUCGGGUUCGAAAUUGGAGAGGUUGCGGAUUGCGAAAUGUUUUGAUGGGUAUGUUGAGAAAAGCUGGGUGAAGAUUGAUGCGCCGAGGCUUGAAGUGGUUUUGUGGGAACACAAUGGUCUUAGUGAUAAUGUUUGUAUAGAGAAUUUGAGUUACUUGCAUAAGGCUUCCAUUGGUUUGCUCCAUGAAGAUAUUAGUGUUGCAAAGCUUCAGAGUGUUUCCAAUCUUUUUUCGGCUCUCUCUCUUGCACAUUGCUUGACACUCGAAAGCAAUUGUAUUGAGAUUCUAUCAAACAACAAUUAUUUCGCAGUGUAUUUGCAUCAGUUCAGCAAUCUGAAAUCCUUGGAGUUGCACACGGGUUUCAAGAAGAACAAUGUCCCUGGAUUGGCAUCCAUAUUCAAGAGCUGUCCUAUGCUGCACACUCUGAUACUAAACAUUAUUAACGAUUUCAAAACCGAAAGGAGACAAUGGAACAAGGACUUGUGGGAAAUGUCUAACUCGGAGGAAGAGAAAUACUGGGAAUCUCAAACCCAAAACUUGCAGUCGUUCUUGCAUCACCUUAAGAUAGUGAAGAUUCAUGGCUUCCUAGAGUGCGAGAACGAAGUGAGCCUGGCAAAGUUUUUGCUCAAGCAUGGAAAGGCCUUGGAAGAAAUGGUUUUGUCUACUGGGCACUGCAAAGCUAGACACUCUCUUCAGAGACAAAAGAUUAGGUCACAGAUGAUGGGAUUUUCUUGGGCUUCUUCUAAUGCCAAAAUUACAUUUAACCAAGCUGGCUAGCUGGUUUGUAGUGCUACUGCUACAUACGUUCUCUAAUGAAAUUGGCUUGAAUGUGCAUACACUUCCAUUUCGGUUGUGUAUGGAUUCGUAUAAUUUCUUUCUCGUUUCCUGUACUAGAUCUUGUUACGUGCAUAUAUCUAUGUAUCGUAACUAGCAAUUUAUUCAUCAAGACAUGUCCCAACGGCUAUAAACUCCAUGGUUUCAAUUCACAGAACAGGUUUUAAAUCUGCUGCAGGCAAUUUGACAUGUGCCGGACAUAAAAUUAGAUUCACGUACUGAAUGAUGCACUGUUUCGAAAUUACUAGCAAGUUGCCUCUAUGAGAUCCAAAUAUUGUUCCAUGUAUAUUUUUGCAACAACAAGUUGCUAAUAUUACAUAUACAAUAUCUAACUAGCUGCAGAUAAUCAGUUCCGAUCUGUUUUCUGGUUCUCAUUUUUGUGAUAUCCCUAUGUGGUUUGCUUGGUCAGUGACCGUGUAAAUG